UUUUCUCUCUGUUUAAUCAAGUCUUUUAAUUUAUUUUACUUUUCAUUUCAAGUCUUUUCUUUUUUCCUUUGUUCGUACUUUUUCAUCGCUUUUGUUUCUUCGUUCAACACGUUCGUUCGUUCUUCAUCUUUUUUGUAUUAUUUAUACUUUGACUUCCAAUUUCGACUACAACUUUGUGUUUGUUUGCUUGUGCUUCUUGAUACUUUGUUUUUGUAAAUAUCAUUCUCAGUUGAUGAUUAAAAGCAAUUAAAUAGUUUUUUAUGUUGAUCUCACUCAUUUCAUCAUUAUACCGAGUAAAUGUCCAAUCCUGCCAUUGAUUUAAAUCAAAAUCCUAUUGAUGGCAAGACAACGACGACGAAAGCGACAACAACAGGCUUUAACAGGUUUGAUCACCAAAGUCGUAAAAAUUUGCGAACCAUUGGCCAUCGGUUUAUAACAAUAACAUCACUUUUAUGCCUUUUUCUCCUUAUUUUGUACAUCGUUUUCCAUCAACACAAAGAUGAGCAACCAUUAGACGUAUGCUUAACCCAAGGAUGCAUUGAAGCUGCAUCAAUUAUAAUUAAAAAUCUUGAUACCUCGGUUGAUCCAUGUGAUGAUUUUUACCAAUUUGCUUGUGGAGGAUGGAUUAAUGAAACAAUACUUCCUCAUGGAAAAAACCGUAUCGGAACACUCAAUAAGAUCCAAGAAAUAGUUUACAACAAAUUAAGAGUGGACAUCAAUAAUCUUGCUGAUAAUUUCAGGAAGCUUCGUCGGUCUUCCUAUGAAACGAAAUUGAUCAACAUGUACAAGACUUGCACCAAUGUUGAUGCUAUCGAAAGUCGUGCUAAUCAACCAUUAAUUAACAUCAUUACCGCUUUCGGUGGAUGGUUAAGUACGAGCAACACCAUCAGUUACUUCAGUCAACUUGACUUUGCUGAUAUAGUGUUGAAAUUGAAAGAGUUAGGAGUUAAUUUCAGUUUCCUUAUUGCAAUCGAUAUUGGACCUGAUCUAAAAAAUACUUCCAAUAAUAUAAUAGCCAUCGAUCAAGCUGAACUCGUCUUGAAACAUAAAGGAUUAUACACUGAAGAUAGUUAUCUAGCUAGCUAUACCAUCCUGGUACAGCAUGCAGUUAGCAGAUUGGGUUAUAGCAUCAACCCUGACAUACAACUCGCAAUCGAAACAAUAACAAAGUUUGAGAAGCUUCUUGCUCAGUUUAUGACAUCAGCAGAAAUGAGACGUGAUUACUCUAAAGUAUAUAACAAGAUGACCAUUGGAGAGCUCCAUAAAAUUACACCUAACAUUGACUGGUUCAGAUUAUUGGGUGGCUUGGUUAAAAAAAAUUUAAGAGCUGAUGAACAGAUAGUUGUAUUUGAUCUAGAUUAUAUCAAAAACUUGAACGAUUUUAUUCCUCAGAUUGAUGUAACUGCCCUUCAUAACUACAUAGUAUGGCGAGUAAUCUAUGAAUUAAUGCCUUAUCUAUCCAAGGAUUGGAGAGAUGGUUACAAUAUUUUCCACGAAGGUGUAAAAUCUGAUAAACCUCGGUGGGAAGAGUGUUUAGAUUACAUGAUGGACCAAGGAAUGGAUGUUGCACUCUCUAGUCUUUAUGUGAGAAAUCAUUGUGACCCCGAAACAAAGAAAAUGGCAACCAUGGCUUUCCAGUACAUUAAAAAUGAAUUUGUUGGAAUACUUGAACGGAUUGAUUGGAUGGGAGAGGAAACCAAACAAAUGGCAUUGAAAAAAGUGAAAGCAAUGGAUGCUUAUAUCGCUUAUCCUGAACAGAUUCGCAACCAUACAUUGGUUGAUCAAUUUUACGAAAAUUUAAAUUUAGAUAAUGGUGAAUUCACUCAGAAUAUAUUGCUUUUAAAGCGAUGGAAUAAAGAACGUGACCUUAGUCAGUACGGACGGAAAACCUCUGAAAUAUGGUGGAAACAAACGCAACCUGCCAUAGUAAAUGCCUUUUAUAAUCCACUUGAAAAUAAGAUUCAGCUUCCCGCAGCUUUAUUACAAGGUGUAUUUUUUGAGAAAGAUAGACCUUAUUACUUAAAUUUUGCUUCCUUUGGAUUCUUGAUUGGACAUGAAAUUACUCAUGGAUUCGAUGAAAGAGGGAAACAGUUCGAUGAGACGGGAAAUCUGCAGGAUUGGUGGGAUAACGAGACAGACUCUAGGUUUCGUAAAAAAAUACAAUGCAUGAUUGAUCAAUAUGACGGGUAUUCCGUUGAUGAAUUAAACAUGACUCUUAGUGGAGAUUUGAGUAAAGGUGAAAAUAUGGCUGAUAACGGUGGUCUUAAGCUGGCUCUUAAGGCCUACGAAUCUUGGGCUAAAGGAAGACCACAAGAACCGCCAUUACCAGGAUUAGAAUUCACUCCCGACAAACUAUUUUGGAUUGGGGCUGCCAAUUUUUGGUGUGAAAAACAAAGUAAAUCAGCUCUCCAAAACCAAUUGUUGCGAGAUGAACAUAGUCCAGGAAGGUUCAGAGUGAUCGGUCCAAUGUCCAACAUUCCAGAAUUUUCAGCAACUUUCAAUUGUCCAUUAGGAUCAAAAAUGAAUCCCAUACGUAAAUGUUCGGUGUGGUGAUUUUUUAUAGUGAUAAGCGCAUAGAUUCAUAAAUGGAUUCAACAAUCAAGUCAAUCUUUAUCUUUAAGAUAAUCAUUUUUUCUUGUCUCCUCAUAUUUUUGCUAAAGCCCAUUGAAUUAUGAGUAAAACAAAAUGUCCAACAUUUCGGUUAUUUUCUUAUUUUUAUCGACCAUAUCUGACAGCGUUUCCAAUGAAAAUCCAUUGUAAUUCAUUGUUCUUCAAAGACCACCAUAUAUCGUAGGUUCAUUAAUGAAUCAUUUAAAUGUUAACACAACAAUCAUGAUUAAGAAAUCAAUAAAUUCAUUGUGUUAACAAAGGCA